UUUUUUUUUUUUUGGAUGGGGGGGUAUGAAUGAAUAUGAAUGAGAGAGGAAUGAGAGAGGAAUGAGAGAGAGGAAAAUGAAUUACAGUAUAACGACGUUUAAUGACUUCUAACGACCAAAAUAUGAAUCACCAUGACCACGAACCACCCAACCAAAGACACACAACAACAACAUUGGAUCGAUUCCAAACACGGAUCCAAAAAUUUCUAUCUAUCUAUCUAUCUAUCUACAACUACCGCUUCCAGAAGCGAAAAACACGCACAGCACAGCGCAGCACAGCACAGCACCAGCCAUUAUUAUAUCUUUGUCUGCUUUUUUUUUUUUCUUCUCCUUAUCAUCUAUCUUCGCUUCUCAUCAUCAUCAUCAUCAUCAUCGCCAUUUCAUUUUUGCGUCCAUCGAUCUUAUCUCCUCCACAUUCUACUUCCUUACCUUCAUCUUUUCAUCUCUCUCAUCAAAGUCCUUGGAAUUAUCUAUUGUCGAAACUUAGCAAGCGAGUCAGCAUUUUUGAUUGUUUUUUUUGAUUGGAUUGUUUUUGGAAACACCCUUAAUCUUCUUCGGUCCGCUCCCAAUUAAUUUGGGAUCGCUGACUACUUCUUACUUAUUUUUUUUUUCCUCUUUGGCACCUUAUCUUUUGUUUUUCCCGAAUAUUAGUCUUUUGUUUUUUUUUUAUUGAAUCAAAUCAAUCAAUCGAUCUCUAUCGCUCUCUCUCUCUCUCGAGUUGUCCGUAUAUCGGUACAAACUACACACGUUUUUUUUAUUACUUUUGCAUGGCGAAAAUUGGGGCGGCGGUCAUAUUUGGGAAGUGGACUAUUGGCAUGUAGGCCCGGUGUGGUUGAGGCGGCUACGGAAUUUUCUUGUACAACGUUUUUUACGGGAUCAUUUGGGAGGGGGGAUGGGGGG